CCUCUGGUUUUUAUCUUAAGCUGAGGCCAUAAAACGAGACAAGGAGAGAGAGAGAGCAGUAGAGCUGCUAGAGCAUGAAUCGAGUACGCCUACUUUUGUUUAAAGAAUGAUUUGUUCUAAUUAAUUUAGCCAUCUGAGUCGUCGGAAGGUCGUCGGCGUUGCGAUCCGUAAAUUGUGAGUUCUGAAGCCGGUUAGAUCACGGAUGGAGAGACGAGAUUGCGUUUUCAGCCGUUUCUAGGCCGGCAGAUCUUGGCGUCCAUGGGGAACUGCUUCACAUCGGAUCCCGGCCAUCCCCUCAAGUCAAAAUCUGGACGAAAAUCGGUGGCGGAUCCAUCUCAGGACAAGCCGAAGAAUUCCACAUCAAAGGAGAAGAGUGCCAGUACUUUGCUUGCAGCUACCAAAGAUGUGGAAGAUUUGCGGCAGAAAUCUAGCCAUGGAAAUGUGAGCAUAUUCACAUAUAAUGAGCUAAGAUUGGCGACGAAGAAUUUUCGGGCGGAUCAAGUUCUUGGGCAGGGUGGGUUUGGAACUGUAUUUAAAGGGAUAAUAGAGGAGAGCAUAAGAGCUGGUUUCCAGUCUACUCCAGUUGCUGUGAAGGUUCUUAAUCCUGAGGGCAUUCAGGGAGACAGAGAAUGGCUGGCUGAAGUUAACUACCUUGGGCAGUUUAGUCAUCCGAAUCUCGUUAAACUUAUUGGCUACUGCUGUGAGGGUGAACACAGGCUGCUGGUGUACGAGUACAUGGCUUGCGGAAGCCUUGAAAAGCACCUUUUCCGACGAGUAUCUCUCAUGACAUGGGCCACUAGAAUUAAGAUUGCUUUGGGUGCUGCAAAAGGGCUUGCCUUCCUUCAUGGUGUUGAAAGGCCCAUUAUCUAUCGGGACUUCAAAACAUCAAACAUCUUAUUGGAUGCGGAUUACAAUGCAAAGCUUUCAGACUUUGGCCUUGCAAAGGAGGGACCUAUAGGUGACCAGACACAUGUUUCAACUCGAGUUAUGGGUACAUAUGGCUAUGCAGCACCUGAGUAUGUCAUGACUGGCCAUCUGACUUCCAGGAGUGAUGUAUACGGCUUCGGAGUCGUCCUUCUUGAGAUGCUCAUAGGAAGGCAAGCCAUGGACAAGACCAGACCAAGCAGGGAGCACAACUUAGUCGAGUGGGCUCGGCCUCUUCUCAUCCACAACCGGAAGCUCUUAAAGAUCCUCGAUCCGAAAGUUGACGGCCAGUACUCCGUUCAAUCGGCGCAGAAGCUGGCAAACUUAGCCUACCAAUGCCUCAGCCAGAACCCUAAAGGCAGACCCACGAUGAGCCAAGUUGUUGAAAUUCUCGAGAGCAUUCGAGCUCUAUCGGAGGAGGAUCUGCUCUUCCAGGUCAGCGGCAGCGCGGUGACGCUCUACGAGGCUUCGAAGGACUCUUUGGAUAGCUUUGGUGAAGGAAGGAGUAAUUCUAAGAAGAGUGAAGGGGAGGGAGAAGGAAGAGGGGGUGGGAGAAGAAGGUUGGGAGAAGGAAGAAGCAGAAGUGAGCCACCAAAGGAAUGUGCUCUGAAUGGUCUUUCUCCUGACUCAAACGGCUCUCAUGCGCGCAAAGGCAGCUUGGUGUAGCAUCAGAGGUGUAAAAUGUAAUGUUUUAAGUGUCUUUUGUAAUUCUUCUUUUUUUCAUUUUUGUAAUAAUGCUUUAUUUAAUCGCCUCUGUAAGUGUUAUCUACUGCAAAUUUGUUCUCAUCAACGAAAUUUUGUUCUACUUCAUGUUAAUAUUUUUUAUUAUUUUUUUAGGAUUUAC